AUGAAUUCAAGCGCACCCUCCAUUAACGAAGACAUAACUGGCUGCGAAGGAACGAUUCUCGUUUCUAACACCACAGAGACUCGUGCGGUAACUGUUAUCUUAAUUAUCGUGAGUAUAAUUACCGCCCCUGUUACAAGUUUGCUGAAUGGCCUUGUGAUAAUCGCUGUGAAAACAAAAAUCCGAUUAAAAACCAAGUCCAAUAUAGCACUUGCAUGCUUAGCGACCACAGAUUGUUGCAUGGGGGUGAUUGGACAGCCUAUUUUUGUCGCCUUGAACAUAGUAGUUUUACAACAAGAGACGUCUUAUACAUACUGCCUCAUAAGGCAACUAUCGAGCGCCGUGCUCACGGUAUUAGCAAGGGCAACGAUCUUACACCUUGCUCUAAUGUACCUAGACAGGUACAUUGCCAUAAAGCACCCGUACAGGUAUACAACUAUGGUCACAGCAACUCGCAUUCUCCGUUCUUCCGUUUUUGUGUGGAUUGUGGCACUGCUCUCAACUGGAACUUCAUUCUUAACUAAAAACAUACCUUUAAGCCAGUUAAUUAAAGUUAGCAUGAUAAUUACGUCGUCAGGUGUAGCCAUUAUUAUUUUCUGUCAAGCUGCGCUUUACUACGAAACUCGCCGUCACGAAAAACAAAUCACUGCCAACCAAGUUUCGGAAGACAACAAGAGAAAAUUCUUAAUGGAGAAGAAAGCUCUUAAACUCACAACGACAGUUCUUUUAGUCUUAGUACUGACUUAUUUGCCUUUGAUUGUUGUUACUAUACUUUAUGGAAUCUCCUUCAUAGAGUCGUUAAAUACAGUACACAUUGCUUCUACAAUAGUUGUCUUCCUUGUACUGAUUAAUUCGCUUAUAAACCCAGUUAUUUACUGUAUUAGAAGAAGACAAUUUCGGAUAGCUUUCAUUGAAAUACUCUUCAGAAAAAGUAAUAUACAGGCUCAAGAAAUUGGAAUGCGGGUUAUA